AAGUUCAUUUACAACCUAUUGGUGUCAAUUGUCUUAAAGGGGCCAAUAGCUGAGCAGGGGCAAUUAACAGAGACGCCCAAGCUGGGCCCUUAGCGGGGCGGGGGGAGGUAGCCCCUUGGCCGGCCUAGGCGCUCAGUCGGGUCUCUGCAGCAUGGAGGGGCUUCGCCGUGGCCCGCGCGGCCCCGCCGGUGCCCAGCUGCUGCCGUGAGCCUGCCAGCAUGCGGAGACUCCUGGCCCUCGCCUCGUCUGAUCGCGCCUGGGCCAUGGCGCCGUAGGGGCUCCGAGACCCUUCCAGCGGGGGCCCCGGCUCCGGGCAGCCUGGGGGCGACCAUGUUCAGCCAGGAGGGGCUGCCCCCCACCUCCUUCGGCCUGGGGGCCGGGAUCCUGCAGGAUGCGGGCGGCCAGUUCGGCAAAAGCGGCUACAGCAGCACCAGCCACCAGCCGCCUUUCUUCCCCUUCCCGGCGCUGAAAGCGGAGUACGAGCCCCCCGAGCUCCCGGCGGGGGAGGCCGGCCAGGCUAAGGCCUGGGGCCCGUUCCCUGGCCCAGAGCCCUGCCAGCAGCCGGGCAUGGCUGGGGGGCACCAGGGCCCCCAGCUCCUGGAAAGCGGGCAGGCCCCGAAAGAAGAGCCCGGCCAGGAGAAGGGGCGCAAAGAAGGCUCCCCAGAAGGGAAAUGCGCCCUCCUGCCCGCGGGCCCCUACUACGCCCACCCCUGGAACAGCCCUUUCUGGCCUGCCUUGGCUGGGCACAGCGCGGCGGCGUCCCGCGGCCCCCUCCCCAGCCAGACGUUCCCAGGGGUCGGGCUUUGCCCUGGGGCCCAUCACGCCAUCUACCCCGGCGACCCGCACCAGCCCCCCAGCGGCCUCUCCAGCCUGGGCAGCAGCGGCAGCUCCAGUGGGGCGGCUAGCGAGGGAGGCCAGUCCAGUGAGAGUGGGGACGAGGACACCACUCCCACCUCGGAGGAGCUGGAGCAGUUUGCCAAAGACCUCAAGCACAAGCGCAUCACCCUGGGGUUCACACAGGCUGAUGUGGGGAUGGCUCUGGGGACUCUGUAUGGGAAGAUGUUCAGCCAGACGACGAUCUGCCGCUUCGAAGCCCUCCAGCUGAGCUUCAAGAACAUGUGCAAGCUGAAGCCACUGCUGCAGCGCUGGCUCAACGAGGUAGAGAACAGCGACAGCCUGCAAGAGCUGUGCAAUGCAGAACAAGUGCUGGCCCAGGCCCGGAAGAGGAAGCGCAGGACCAGCAUCGAGAACAACGUCAAGGGCACGCUAGAGAACUUCUUCCGCAAGUGCGUGAAGCCAAGCCCCCAGCAGAUCUCGCAGAUCGCCGAGGAUCUCAACCUGGACAAAGACGUGGUGCGAGUCUGGUUCUGCAACCGGCGUCAAAAGGGCAAGCGGCUGCUGCUGCCCUUCGGCGAUGAGAACGAGGGAGCCAUGUACGACAUGAACCUGGCCCUGGCGCACCCAGCCUUGCCCGCCGCAGUGAGCUCCCAAGCCUAUGCCCUGGGCCCCCCCCCUCCCAUCUACAUGCCAGCUUUCCACAAGGGUGAGAUCUUCCCUCAAGCUUUGCAGCCAGCGGUCUCCAUGGGGAACAGUGGCAACUGAACCUGGAGCCUGGGGGCUCCCUGGGAGCUGGACGGAGGUGUCUCCUUGGUGGUGCUGCUUGGCUGGCUCUCUGGAGAGAACAGCACCCCAGAGAUCCUGCAGCUGCUCCCCAGACGCCUGA